AUGUCCAUACAAUGCGACAGCCGAUCGAUAAAAAGCCCUUGGAACAGUUAUCUCAAACAACAUGUUCCCGAGAUUCAGGUCCCGGUAGAGAUCCAGCAGUUCGGAUUCGGACAGUCCAACCCAACAUCCAAACUUACCGAUGGCAAAGGACAAUAUUUUGUACUUUGCAAGAAGCCACCGGGGAAGCUACUCACAAAGGCGGCACAUCAAGUUGAGCGCGAGUAUCGAGUUAUUCGUGCCCUGAACGGCACCGAUAUCCCAGCACCCAAAAUUUACUGCCUUUGUGGAGACAGCAAUGUGAUUGGAACACCGUUCUACAUUAUGGAGUUUUUAGACGGACGCAUCUUCCAGGAUGCUUAG